AUGAGGGAGGGGUUGGAAGACCGACCAAGAAGUAUCCUCCUGGAGAAGUUGCAUCCCAAAAAUUUAGCAAUACCACCUUUAGUGGAGGUUAACACUAGUGAAUGGUCCAUUGGUCGACCAGGAAGAGAGCUAAAAGUCUGGGGCGUAAUAACGAGUCUACCCUUGACGUUUCAUUCCAUCGCCCUCGACGAUAGCCAGGCCAUCCCUGCUAUCGAGCUCAGUGAGCAGUCGAACUUGUUGGUUGCUUUGAUAAAGCGUUGGGCAUAUGGGAACGAAAAGGAAGUCGGCGAGGAGUCUGCGUUCCGCGGGAGGACUCGGAAAUCACAAGCACUGACUUUUGGGGUACAUACCAUGGACGUGUCGACGAAUGCCUUGACAAGACACUCGCCAAUUUUGGAAGGACACAUAUUGAUUGACAAUGGGACCCUCUACAACGGGAACUAUCCUAUCAUACCGAAGCGCCCGAACGUCUUGAAUCUUGAUAUUGAUGAAUAUUGGGACCUCAGGGACAUCUGGAAGGGUAUGGAGGCCAUGGUACCGGUAAAGAAGGGUAAAGUUACGCCGAUUGACGAGUUAAACUUUUCCCAGAUGAUGCUCGGGAAGAUUUUCCCACAACAUCCCAGGUCUAUCCAGUUGAGUCAGACGUGA